AUGAGCCCCGGGCUGCUGCUGCUGCUCGGCAGCGCCGUCCUGGUCGCCUUCGGCCUCUGCUGCACCUUCGUGCACCGCGCUCGCAGCCGCUACGAGCACAUCCCCGGGCCGCCGCGGCCCAGUUUCCUUCUAGGACACCUCCCCUACUUUUGGAAAAAGGAUGAGGUUUGUGGCCGCGUGCUCCAAGAUGUGUUUUUGGAUUGGGCUAAGAAGUAUGGCCCUGUCGUGCGGGUCAACGUCUUCCACAAAACCUCUGUCAUUGUCACGAGCCCUGAAUCGGUCAAGAAGUUCCUGAUGUCCACCAAGUACAACAAGGACUCCAAGAUGUACCACGCAAUCCAGACUGUGUUUGGUGAGAGACUGUUUGGCCAAGGCUUGGUGUCCGAAUGUGACUAUGAGCGCUGGCAUAAACAGCGCAGGGUCAUGGACCUGGCCUUCAGCCGCAGCUCCUUGGUCAGCUUGAUGGAAACGUUCAACGAGAAAGCCGAGCAGCUGGUGGAGAUUCUGGAGGCCAAGGCAGAUGGGCAGACCCCGGUGUCCAUGCAGGACAUGCUGACCUGCACCACCAUGGACAUCCUGGCCAAGGCAGCUUUUGGGAUGGAGACAGGCAUGCUGCUGGGUGCCCAGAAGCCUCUGUCCCGGAAGGUGAAACUCAUCCUGGAGGGGAUUACUGCGUCGCGCAACACUCUGGCGAAGUUUAUGCCAGGGAAGUGGAAGCAGGUCCGAGAGAUCCGGGAGAGCAUCCGCUUUCUGCGCCAGGUUGGCAAGGACUGGGUCCAGCGCCGCCGGGAGGCCCUGAAGAGGGGGGAGGACGUCCCUGCCGACAUCCUCACACAGAUCCUCAAAGCUGAAGAGGGGGCCCAGGAUGAUGAGGUCCUGCUGGACAACUUCGUCACCUUCUUCAUUGCUGGCCAUGAGACCUCUGCCAAUCAUUUGGCAUUCACGGUGAUGGAGCUGUCCCGCCAGCCUGAGAUCUUGGCAAGGCUGCAGGCAGAGGUGGACGAGGUCAUCGGUUCUAAGAGGCACCUGGACUGUGACGACCUGGGGAGACUGCAGUACCUGUCCCAGGUUCUCAAAGAGUCGCUGAGGCUGUACCCGCCGGCGUGGGGCACCUUUCGCCUGCUGGAGGAGGAGACCUUGAUUGACGGGGUCAGAGUGCCCGGAAACACCCCGCUCCUGUUCAGCACCUACGUCAUGGGGCGUAUGGACACGUACUUUGAGGACCCACUGACUUUCAACCCCGAUCGCUUCAGCCCCAAAGCACCCAAGCCGAGGUUCACCUACUUCCCCUUCUCUCUGGGACCGCGCUCCUGCAUCGGGCAGCAGUUUGCUCAGAUGGAGGUGAAGGUGGUCAUGGCCAAGCUGCUGCAGAGGCUCGAGUUCCGGCUGGUGCCCGGGCAGCGUUACGGGCUGCAGGAACAGGCCACGCUCAAGCCGCUGGACCCUGUGCUUUGUACUCUGCUGCCCCGGGGCUGGCAGCCCGCACCCCCGCCGCCCUGCUGA